AUGGCGGACCCCGUCCGCAACCUGCAGCGAUCCCUCAUGGCUGGUCUUCUCAUCGUAACCGUCAUGUACGUCCUGACCAACCUCUCCUACGCCGUGGUCCUGGACUUCUCGACUUUGACGAGCACCGACGCCAUUGCCUCAGCUUUCGCGCUCAGGACCUGGGGCCCCGUGGGCCACGCGGCCGUACCCGUAGCGGUCUCUGUCAGCGUCUUCGGCGGGCUUUGCGCGUCCUUCUUCAGCGCUCCCCGCUUUGUCCUGUCAGCAGCCAGGACAGGACACUUGCCGCGAAUCUUGUCGCUCGUCACUAUCGACUCUCGCGUACCGUUUACGUGCGUGAUUUUCAGGGGUGCACUGUCCGUUGUCUUUAUCUUCUUCGGUUCGCUGCAAGCCCUGAUCCAGGCUUCCGUAUUCAUCGAAACCCUGUGGGACAUUUUCGUGGUGCUCUCCCUCGUCUUGCUGCGCUUCACGAUGAAGAACAGGGGCCGUUCGUACAGGGCGCCACUCGUUGUAGUCCUUCUAAAGUUGGUGUCAUCCGUCGCCUUGGUUGUGAUUCCGCUAGUUCAACACGCCAGUUACUACGAGUAUCUAGUGAUCGUGGGCAUUUACAUCGUGGGUCUCUUCUACUAUCUGUUCUUCGUCGGCAUAGAUUGCUUGGAGCGAUGA